AUGGCGCCUCUUGUUCCCUCGCAGGAGGAGCUGCAGCGCCGCCGCAUCAUCGGCAUCAAUGCGGAAACCGUCACAGAUAUCCCCUCCACAGAUUUUCCUGGCCACUGGCCCGGAGAGUCGCAUGGUUGGGCACUCGACCAGUUCAAGAAUAACUUCCGUGUUGAAUUCCACCGCAACGAACGGUUCGAGGCUUCCUUCUCGCUGAUCGGACUCGAUGCCGCAGUCGCCAAUGCUUUCCGCCGUAUCCUCAUGGCCGAGAUUCCCACAAUCGCCAUUGAGGACUGCUUCAUUCACAACAACACCUCCGUCAUCCAAGACGAAGUGCUCGCACAACGACUGGGCCUUAUCCCGCUCAAGGGAUCCGUGGAGGGAAUUAACUGGAUGCAUUGGUAUAAGAAGGCUUCCGAAGACGGGAGCGUGGAGGAGGAUGGCCCUUGCGACUUCAACACCAUUGUGCUCCAUCUCGACGUGGAAUGCUACCGAAAUGAGCACGCACACCCGGACGAGAAGGAUCCCCGCAUCCUGUACACAAACUCCAACGUCUACGCUAAGGACCUUAUGUACAUGCCUGUCGGCCGUCAGGAGCAGUAUUUCGUCGGCGAUGGUGCUAUCGCACCCGUCAACCCGGACAUCCUGAUCGCCAAGCUCCGCCCCGGUCAGAAGAUUGAGAUGGAACUCCAUUGCCAGAAGGGUAUCGGUGCCGAUCAUGCCAAAUUUUCGCCCGUAGCUACUGCGUCAUACCGUCUCUUGCCGGAUAUCCAGAUCGUGCGCCCCAUCCUUGGAGAGGAUGCGAAGAAGUUUGCCAAGUGCUUCCCUAAGGGUGUGAUUGGCCUUGAGCGUGUCACUGCUGAAGAGGCCGCACAGCGCGGAAGCGGAUACGAGGGCCACGCUGGCGAGGAGAAGGCUGUUGUGAAGGAUGCAUUCAACGAUACUGUCAGCAGGGAGUGUCUGCGUCACGAUGAGUUCCAAGGCAAGGUCAAGCUGGGACGUGUGCGCGAUCACUUCAUCUUCAACGUGGAAAGCACCGGUCAAUUCGAGAGUGACAUGCUUUUCCUAGAGGCCGUCAAGGUUAUGAAGUUGAAGUGCAACCGGUGGAAGAGAGGUCUGGCCGAUUUGGUGGGUUAA